AUGCCGAGUGAUUCCUCCACGGAAUCUGUAUCUUCCGGUACUGCCCUAUCGGUGCCGGAAGAAGCUGAUGUUCCCCCUGUGUCGGACUUGCGCCCUUCUUCAACUGCAGACUUCCGUGUACCCACACAGACGACGAGCGAGCUCUUGUCGGAACAUUUACGAAGUGUACCAUUUCCAGGCAUCGUCUACUUCCUCUGUUUCAGAUCAUACAUUGAUCUGUUUCUGAAGAUCAAGCAGGAAAGUAGCGGAUGGCCUUCGGAGUGUGUGACGGAAGAAGCCAGACUGAAGUACAUUCGCCAGUAUGAAGAAAGAGAGGGCGUCAAGUUGGAGGCCUGGAAAAAAUAUCCGAAAAACCCUGGGCGUCGACAAGUCGCCAAGUUGGCCCUGAACAGUUUCUGGGGCAGAUGGGGUAUGAACGUGAACAAAGCCCAACUGACCUAUGUCCACACGGUGCCAGACUUCAAUAAGAUGUUGGCGGAUUCUACUAAAAAAAUCAAAGAUGUCUUUCUUCCCACGCCUGAGGUGGCUGCCAUUUCCUGGGAAUCUGCGAAGGAGUUUGUGCCGCAGGAUGCCUCUACCAACAUUUUCCUAGCGACCUUCACAACAGCUUGGGCUCGUCUCAAGCUGUAUAGUGAAAUGGAGAAGUUGGGUAGAGAUGUCCUGUACCACGACACAGACUCCAUCAUCUAUGCCUCGAAUGGCCGCAAUGAUCCCCCCUUGGGCAACUUCCUGGGUGAAUUUACGGAUGAACUGGAGGGUGAUGUCAUCAAAACCUUUGUCUCUGGAGGACCGAAAAACUACGCAUACCAGACGGCCACUGGGAAAACCUGCUGCAAAGUCCGAGGAUUUUCAUUGAAUUUCCGGAAUUCUCAGUUGCUGAAUUUUGAAGCCAUUAAAAGUCUGGUCUGCAGCCUCGACCGAAGUGAGAUCAUCUCUCUCCACAACCCCUCCAAAAUCACCCGAGAAGCGAAGAGAAGAAAGGUGGUGAAUAAACCGGAAACAAAACUGUACAGAAUUGUGUUGGAUAAACGGGUAAUUCAAAAAGACUUGAGCACAUUGCCGUAUGGUCAUUAGUAUAUUGAAGAAGAACUUUUUAUGUUUAUGUUAGAACCUUAUCUGAAAAUGAAAUUUUGUAUGUAAAUAUAUAUAUAUAUAUAUGCAGAAUCAUGCAUUUGUAUGUGUAUAAAAGAAAACUUAUUUAGAAAAAAAAAUAAACAGAAGU